GUCGCGUUCUUCCUCUGGCUCUCUUUCGUUCUCUCCGGCGUAGCCUUAUAGCUCAAGAUGGCGGCCUCCUGGUCGCCCUUGGUUACCCUGCGCUUAGUGCAGAGCCGGCUGAGAGGGAGAUGUGUUGGGUGCCGGGCCUGGGCUGCUGCUCUCGCCCCUCCGGCCACCGCCCCAGGAAAUACCUUUUGGAAAGCCUAUACAGUUCAGACCCCUGAGAUUACAUCUCCAACUGCGGCUACAGAGGUUUAUUCAAAAGCUUUGGCUGUUUGCCAUGGACCACUGGACCACUAUGACUUUCUGAUUAACACUCAUGAGCUAAAGAAUGAUGAGAAUCAAAGAAGAGUCAUACAGUGUUUGCAGAAAUUACAUGAGGACCUUAAAGGAUACAGUAUAGAGGCAGGAGGCCUUUUUUCAAAGCUUUUUUCAAGGAGCAGACCUCCAAGAGGCCUAUAUGUUUAUGGAGACGUUGGUACAGGGAAAACAAUGGUGAUGGACAUGUUUUAUGCUUAUGUGGAGAUGAAGAGGAAGAAACGGGUUCAUUUUCAUGGGUUCAUGCUAGAUGUUCAUGAAAGAAUACACCGCCUUAAACAGAGUUUGCCAAAAAGAAAACCGGGAUUCAUGGCUAAAUCAUAUGAUCCAAUAGCUCCCAUAGCUGAAGAGAUCAGUGAAGAAGCAUGUCUCUUAUGUUUCGAUGAAUUUCAGGUCACUGACAUUGCUGAUGCCAUGAUUCUGAAACAGCUUUUUGAAAAUCUGUUCAAAAAUGGGGUCGUCGUUGUGGCAACAUCCAACAGGCCACCGGAAGAUCUCUAUAAAAAUGGACUCCAAAGAGCUAACUUCGUACCAUUCAUUGCUGUCCUAAAGAAAUACUGUAGUACGGUCCAGCUAGAUUCUGGGAUUGACUACCGGAAAAGGGAACUUCCUGCUGCAGGAAAACUCUACUAUCUCACAAGUGAAGCUGAUGUGGAGGCUGUCAUGGAUAAGUUGUUUGAUGAGCUGGCUCAGAAACAAAAUGAUUUAACUAGACCAAGGAUUCUAAAAGUGCAAGGCAGAGAGCUGCGGCUGCAUAAAGCGUGUGGAACUGUCGCCGACUGCACAUUUGAAGAGCUGUGUGAGAGACCACUUGGAGCCAGUGACUAUCUGGAACUGUCAAAGAAUUUUGAUACAAUAUUCCUACGAAACAUUCCACAAUUUACGCUUGCAAAGAGGACACAAGCUCGAAGAUUCAUAACCCUCAUUGAUAACUUCUAUGAUUUCAAGGUGCGCAUCAUUUGCUCAGCAUCGACUCCUAUAGCAAGCUUAUUUUUGCAUCAACAUCAUGACAGUGAGUUGGAGCAAAGCAGAAUACUGACGGAUGAUUUGGGGCUGAGCCAGGACUCAGCAGAAGGACUCUCUAUGUUUACUGGAGAAGAGGAGAUCUUUGCAUUUCAGCGCACGCUUUCCCGACUCACGGAAAUGCAGACUGAGCAGUACUGGAAUGAAGGGGACAGAAGCAAGAAGUAACCAUUGCUUCUGCAUGAAUAGAACUCUGGACACAUGAUUACGGC